AUGAAAACAAAAUCGAUUUUCACUCAAAUCGAUCCAAAAAUUCCAAAGGGGUUUUAAUAUUUAAUUCCAGUGAUCUUCCGUCAAAAUCCAGUGCGUGUGUAUUUCGGAUCUCAUGGCAGCUCCGUUCUUUUCAACACCGUUUCAGCCCUUUGUUUAUCAGAGCCAGCAAGAAGAUGUUACACCUUUUCAGAUUUUAGGGGGCGAGGCUCAGAUAGUUCAGAUAAUGUUGAAACCAGAUGAGAAAGUCAGUGCAAGGCCAGGUUGCAUGUGCUACAUGUCUGGGUUGACUCAAAUGGAAAAUGUUUAUGCCCCAGAUAAUGAGGCUGGAAUGUGGCAGUGGCUUUUUGGCAAGCAUGUGAGUAGCACAAUUUUUCUAAAUAACGGUACAAGUGAUGGAUUUGUUGGCAUUGCUGCACCUUCUCUUGCAAGGAUUCUCCCGAUUGACUUAGCAAAGUUUGGUGGUGAAAUUUUGUGUCAGCCAGAUGCAUUCCUUUGCUCCAUCGGUGAUGUCAAGAUCAGUAAUACUUUUGAUCAGAGGGCACGUAAUGUUGUACCUGGCGUAGAGGGAUUCUUGAGACAAAAGCUGUCAGGCCAAGGCUUGGCAUUUAUAGUUGGGGGUGGAUCUGUUGUGCAGAAGAAUCUUGAAGUGGGCGAGACUCUUCAAGUUGAUAUGUCUAGCAUUGUUGCCGUACCAUCUACGGUCAAUGUGCAAAUUAAGUACAACGGCCCAAUGAGAAGAGUGGUCUUUGGGGGGGACAAUCUAGUAACAGCAAUGUUGACUGGACCUGGCAUUGUCUUUAUUCAGAGCUUACCCUUCCCCCGGCUUUCUCAGCGUAUUGCUAGAGCGGUAACAUCUCCAAACAUGCGAGAUAAUCCGAAGUUGUUCAUGCAGAUAGCCAUAUUCUUCUUUCUUGCUUAUGUUGUGGUUAUUUCGUCCUUAAUCUUGACAGACAUAUGACCUCUUUUAGUUUUCUCUCUCUUGCUCAGAUUAAAGUUUACAAUCCAACCCAGAUAGUACAGAUUGAAACCUAUAUCUAGUAGAACGAAAAAAAAGGUAGUAUGUUCAGAAAAUCUAGGUUUGUACUUUCUGGUUCUUUUUGUACUCAAUCAUGUGGCCAAAGAGUGGUUCAAAAAGGUAAUUUAAGGGAUUGUGAAUUUAAUCAAAUGUUUGCUUUUGUACUAA